AUGUUGGACUCGUUUGAAAUCAUCACGACCUCAGGUGUUGUUCUCUGGUCAAGGUCAUAUGCGCCGGUCGGCGCACAUAUUGUCAACGAUCUUAUCAGCACCGUCUUUAUCGAAGAGAAGAUUCACUUGCCGGACUCUGGCGCGGAGGGCACAGCACACCAGCAAUACAAGAAAGAGAAAUAUACCCUAAGAUGGACCAGGUCUAAGGAUUUAGGAUUGCUCUUUGUGGCCGUUUACCAGUCUCUUUUACACCUAAGUUGGAUUGAUGAGCUACUUGAAAAUACUAAGACUAUUUUCAUAGAUCUUUAUAAGGAACAGCUGAAGGGAUCUAAGCACCGGGUGGUUGAGUACCCGUUCGAUCCAUAUUUCGACCAGCAGCUCCAGGAGCUGGAGAAUGCGGCUGGAGCGCCCACCGAAGAUGGGCCCCGUAUUAUUGUGGAAGAAAAGAAAGACUCGUUAGCCCACGCUGACACUGGAGGCCCACCUCCGCCACCAGUUCCGGGUCUUUUGCCUGCGCAGCAUCGUGCUGCACAGGCGCCGGUGGCGUCGAAGGAUAGUACGCCAUCUAUGUCCCCAGGGACUUCUCGGUCCGGAUCCCCUGCUCCAAGCCACCUUAUAACUGGAAAAAUCGGGCCCGGGGGCCGCGUUUCAAGACGCGCGCGCAAGGCCGCGAACACUGCUCCGAAUGGUGAUUCUCCCAAGAAAGGCAAAGCUACCAAAGGUGGGCAGAAGAAGAUGAGAAAAUGGGGCAUUGACGGGCUCGCUGAGGAGGAUGAUGGGGAGGUCCUUGACUAUUCAGCCACCAACACUAAUGCUACGGAGUCAAUGCCUCAGGUUGAAGAGGUUGAUCCUCGCUCAUUCGGAACUAAAACUGCAAAGGGCCAGUUCGUCCUCAAAGACUUGGGAGAUGAAGUUCACUCUAUACUGCAGAAAGCAGAUCAGGAGAAGGCCAAGUCCAACACACCCAGCGGCAUGGUUAGCUCCGGUCUUGGAGCUAUCAGCGGCUUAUUCCGGAACGUGGUCGGUGGAAAGGUGUUGACCAAGGCCGACCUUGAAAAGCCUAUCAAAGCAAUGGAGGACCAUUUGCUGAAGAAAAACGUUGCGCGCGAAGCUGCUCUUCGCCUAUGUGAGGGUGUGGAGCACGAGCUGGUGGGGAAAAAGACCGGGAGCUUCCAGAGCAUCGAUUCCGCACUCCGCUCGGCGAUGGAGUCCUCUCUGCGCAAGAUUCUCACACCGACAUCGUCGUUGGACCUGCUCCGCGAGAUCGAUGCCGUAACGUCUCCUCGCAACAAUCAGCAAGCUCGACGCCCAUAUGUAAUCUCAAUUGUGGGCGUCAACGGCGUUGGCAAGUCGACAAACCUCAGCAAAAUCUGUUUCUUCCUGCUUCAAAACAAUUAUAAGGUCCUUAUCGCGGCCUGCGAUACGUUCCGUUCCGGCGCUGUGGAGCAGCUACGCGUCCAUGCACGGAACUUGAAAGAGCUCAGUGAGAGAGAACAAGUCGGACAAAUUGAGCUUUACGAAAAGGGCUACGGCAAAGAUGCCGCGAAUGUCGCCAAAGAUGCAGUCGCCUAUGCCGCAAGUAAUGAUUUCGACGUUGUCCUCAUUGACACUGCCGGCCGUCGUCACAACGAUCAGCGUCUCAUGUCUUCCCUGGAGAAAUUUGCAAAAUUUGCUGCUCCAGACAAGAUCUUCAUGGUUGGGGAAGCACUUGUUGGCACGGACAGUGUGAUGCAGGCGCGCAAUUUCAAUCAGGCAUUUGGGACCGGAAGGAGUCUCGAUGGGUUUAUCAUCAGCAAAUGCGACACUGUAGGAGAUAUGGUUGGCACGCUGGUCAGUAUGGUGCACGCGACGGGCAUUCCAAUUGUCUUCCUGGGAGUUGGGCAGCACUAUGGGGAUCUGAGGGGAUUGAGCGUUCCGUGGGCGGUUGGACUGUUGAUGAAAUGAGCAUAGCACCCGUAGCAUAGGAAUGUAACUCCUGGACAGACUUACCAAACCGGUCCUCUUCGUCAGCUUUUCAUCUUGUGCUCUGCUUGUCGUCUCCUGAUCGACCUGGCUGGUCCCGGGCUGGCUUGGCGAGGGAUGGCUCAGGGCUUGGCGCGAGGAUCCGCCUUCAACGGCUCUUUUUUCCUUCACGGGGCAAAAGGGAUAUCGCCGCCACUGAUUCAUGACCCAUGGGAGACGGCACAGA